UGCCAACUACGACCGCACGACCUAACUGAUGAGCUCCUGCAGUCCGCCGCCGCCCCGCGCGCUCCCGACCCCCCGCCGUCCUGCGCGCUCCGCCCGCCGUGCUGCUGCCGCCUGCUGGCUACCGCCACCGCGGUGCUGUCCGCCCUGGGCUGAGGUCUCUACACAGUCCCGGAUUCCACCGCCGGCCGCCGGGCCCUGCCUCCGCUGCGCCCAGCCGCCCACAAAUCCGCGUCGCCGUCCUACUCCCGGGCCGUCGCGCUGCACUCGAGCUUACUCUUCAGAAGAGAUGGGAGAUAGAGAAAGGCGAAUGGUGUUUGUCACAGUAGGGACGACAUGUUUUGAUGCUCUUGUCAAAGUGGUAGAUUCCGAGGAAGUCAAACAAGCACUACUGCAGAAAGGUUACACAGACCUUAGGAUUCAAAUGGGCCGAGGAACAUACACGCCAUCCAAGGCCUCGGGGAAUUCAAAUCUUCAAGUUGAGCAUUUCACCUUUUUACCAAGCAUAGCUGACAACAUACGAGAAGCAUCCUUAGUCAUCAGUCAUGCAGGUUCUGGCAGCAUAUUUGAGACGCUGCGAUUGGGCAAGCCUCUUAUCGUCGUUGUGAAUGAAGAUCUGAUGGACAAUCACCAAAGCGAGCUAGCAGAGGAACUGGCCGAGAGGAAUCACCUUUUGUGUGCCCAUCCACAAACGCUGCGAGAGACUGUCGAGGCGAUGGAUCUGAAUGCGCUCCAGCCUUACGUGCCAGGAGAGGCGAAGCCAGUUGUGGCACUGAUCAACCAAUUUCUUGGUUUCCCCGUCGAUUGAUAGUACACGUUUUCUCUUCAUGUAGAUGAAGUUUAACAAAACACUGAAAUGAAGUUAUUACAGAUCCAAAGUGCAGAGUUUAGAUACUUCACCCUGUUUGGAACUGAAAGACUUUUUUUUUGUUGUUGUUGGUCUAA